AUGUUGCAAGAUGCUUGGUUCGACGCCCAGGUCAAGGCUCCUCGUGCUCCCGAGACCACCGGCACUGCCAACAAGGCCUUUGCCGAACGUCUGUCGGCCUGGACCUUCCAGGAGAUUGGUGUGCUCAAGGUUGGCAAGGUCCAGCACUACCUCAAUGAGGGCAAGGUCAAGGAAUCCACCAACUUGACUGUUUCCGAGCGCCCCGAGAUCAACCCUAUCAUGUACAGAAUUAAGAACGAUGUUGUAAGUGUAAUAUCUUAUUUCCAAACUUUCUUUUGCUAA